AAACGUGAGCAGAACUGAAACCUGAGAUAAAAUAGACCGGAUUGAUACUCUGACAAUAACUGUUCAUUGUUUAGGUCCAGUGAUUUAUCUUUAAAGACAGGAAGUGCGUUUUGACAUGCCUGCCAGUGAAGUCUCCAGUCGACGAAGCUCUGUGACGGCGGAUGUUCAGAACAAACCGGCAACACUAAACAUACAAGAGCCAGUCGCCAGGCAGAUUCAUACGCUGUCAGCAACUUCUAGGACCAACGCAGCGACCAGGCGAAAAUCCAUGAGUUUGUAUCCCAGAUCACAUCAAGCCGGCCAAACCGAGCUUCCGCAUCAACUGGCAGGAAAGAUUGCCAAUACAUACAACCUACGUCCUGAUGCAGACAAGCGAUUUCGCUGUAAGGAUGUCAAGGACGUCAUAGACAGCGUCUUGGAAAGCCACCUUAAAGAGCUUCCUUACGAUCCUGAAAAAUGUAAGAGCUUGCUACCCAGCAUCGCAGACGAAAUCAAGGACAAAGUCAAGGUGCUUGGUUUUGAAAGGUUUAAACUUGUUUGUGUUGUGACCAUAGGACAAUUGAAUAACCAAGGAGUACGUUGGGCGAGCCGGUGCCUGUGGGAUGUCGAAACCGAUCGCGUGGCAUCAUCAUCGUUUUGUGGGUAUUUUUGAAGGAAAAGUGUGAUUGUUGACACGUUCCCGUUCCAAGGUAUGUAAUAAUGUUCUUCAUCCAUGGCGUGACUUGGAAUUUUUACUCACAAUGUCUUACGCUUAACUUCAAGAAAAGCUAGUUUUCAAAAGACACAAAUCAAAAAGUCCAACGGAGGGGUUUACAAACAGAAAUUAAAAUGUAAACCAUUAAUUUUCAUGAUGUUUAUUUUAAGAUUAGAAGAAGGGUUGGGAAUUUGCUUGUUAUCAUUCGCGGGUUAUCAUGUUUGUCGUACUCUUCAAGAUAUCUGUGUGUUAAAGUGUUCAGGUUUGGUUGUUAUCAAUCUCCAUCAUAUUGUUUAUGAAAUUAUUGGUGAGGACUCAAUUGAAGUAUUGUUCGUGCUUCAUAGUUUUACUGCCGCCGACAUAAACGUGCGAUCUCCAUGGAAACGAUGAGCAAAGAUAAGCUUAGCAUUGUGUGACAGUGCGCUGUACAGGAAGUGUGUAAACCUUUAGUUAUUUCAAAACAAUUAUGUAGCAUAGGUAUAAAGCAAUGAAAUGGCUUCUGUACACAAUUUUAGGUUGGGUCGGUUCAAUCAAGUAGUCAGAGAUCUAAUUAAAGUUUUAUGUUAGUGAUUUGAAGAAGACCUCAACUUUGAUUUCUGUACAGAAAGCAAAAACAAUAUACGAGGGGCAAAAUUGGAAAAGAUCAAAAGUAAUCGCGGUUUGGUUGAAAAACUUCCACUAAAUUCCUCAAGUUUAUCUCAAACUGUCCCAAACUGCGGCAAAGUGUUAUUUCGCACCGGAAAAACAAUCCUUAUCUGUUAAUAUGUACUUGUGCUUUAGUUAUAUAUGGAUGUUGGUCUUAACAAUUUAUUAA